AUGGGCUUCAGUGAACGCAGAGGAGCUGAAUUGAAACCCGUUUUGGCGAUGACAGGCGUUUGGCAUCAUGCAGACUCUGCAAGUGCACUAGAUCUGGACUCUAUCAGACUGUCCACAUACAGGACAGCAUGCAAGCUGAGAUUCAUUCAGAAGAGGUGCAACUUGCAUUUGGUGGAUAUCUGGAAUAUUAUCGAGGUUUUCCGGGAAAACAGACUCAACUCCAUGGACCUCAACACAGAGUUCUCAGUGUCACAUUUGCAAGCAAUUCUGUCCACCAUCUUUUACCAGCUAAACAAGCGCUUGCCCACAACCCACCAGAUCAAUGUAGACCAGUCCAUCUCGUACCUCCUCAACUUCCUGUUAGCGGCCUACGACCCGGAAGGAGUGGGAAAGAUCUCGGUUUUUGUGGUGAAGAUGGCCCUGGCUGCUCUCUGUGGAGGGAAGAUUUUGGAUAAACUAAGAUAUGUAUUUUCACAGAUAUCAGACCCAAACGGAGUGAUGAUAUACUCACAGUUCGACCAGUUCCUAAGAGAGGUAUUGAAACUGCCCAUGACGGUUUUUGAGGGACCAUCUUUUGGCUACACUGAGCAGUCCACAAGAACCUGCUUUCCGCAAGAGAAAAAGGUCUCGCUCAAUGUGUUUCUUGACACGUUCGUGUCGGAUCCUCCUCCUCAGUGUCUGGUUUGGUUACCGCUGAUGCAUCGGCUGGCAAAUGUUGAGAACGUCUUCCAUCCUGUGGAGUGCUCCUACUGCCACAGCCAGAGCAUGAUGGGAUUCCGCUACCGGUGCCAACAAUGUGAUAAUUACCAACUCUGCCAAGAGUGUUUCUGGAGGGGCCAUGCCUCGGGCAGCCAUAGCAACCAGCACCAGAUGAAGGAGUACAUGUCAUGGAAAUCUCCAGCUAAGAAGUUGUCAGACGCUCUCAGUAAAUCUCUGGGUUGUGCCUCCAGUCGAGAGCCUCCUUACCCGACGUUCUCCGAAACGUCCGAGAAACCACUCAACCUCACUCACGUUAUGGACACAUGGCCUCCCAGACCUGUGACCAGUGGAAAUGAAUACAUACUCUCUCACUCCAUGCCUUCCUCAGGAAACCCUUACUCCAGCAAAACAGGUGCUCAUGAUGAGACGAAGCAAAUGUUUUCACGGACAACCCCAGAUCUUUUAAAAGGGAAAGGGGUUCAGUACAGCCUCGAUAUUGCCGAUAGGCUCGCUGAUGAGCACAUACUUAUCGGCCUUUAUGUGAAUCUCCUCCGAAAGGACCGUUCAUGUUUCCAGGAGAGCUGUAAAAACCAAGAUGAUGAGCACUUUCUCAUUGCCCGUUACGCCUCCCGAUUGGCUGCUGAUGGAGCUGCAGCGAAGACCAGAGUCCCGGCAGACAUCUCUCUCUGUCUGGACUCCAACAAACAGCAGCGACAACUUAUCGCCGAGCUAGAGAACAAGAACAAGGAGAUUUUGCAAGAGAUCCAACGCCUGAGGCAACAACAUGAAGAAGCUUCCCAGCCUCCGUUAGACAAAAGCCAACAAAACCCAACGUUACUGGCUGAACUGAGACUGCUCAGGCAGAGGAAGGAGGAGUUGGAGCAGAGGAUGUCGGCCCUUCAGGAGAGCCGUCGAGAACUCAUGGUCCAACUAGAGCAGCUCAUGCUUCUGUUAAAGGAAGAAGAGCUAAAAAGAGCCAACCAGGGCCCUGGCCCCUCCCCUCGCUCCUCCCCCAGCCACACCAUCAACACAUCCAUCCAAUCAGUGUCCGGCAAUACCACACCCAUCCCCAUGCCCGUCCAAUCAACAUCCAGCAAUACCACACCCAGUCAGACACCUCAGGACUCGCUCAUGGGCCUGGGAGGAGAGGUGCAGCAGGCCUUCGCUCAGGGCUACAGAAGGAACUUCAGAAAUGAUCUCCUGGUAGCUGCAGACUCCAUAACCAACACAAUGUCUUCAUUGGUGAAAGAACUUAACUCAGAGGCGGGGAGUGAAACGGACAGCAUCUCUGACCUCACGUUCCCAACAUCAGACGUUCUCCACGCCAGGAGCUCUCCAAGAUCAGGGGCAGCAGGUAAGCUGGAGUCUGGGGAUUUCUAUGGACAUGAUCUGGAAAAGCAGCUGAACAGAGAGCUGAAGAUGGAACAGGACAAGAACGUCCUGGGAGGAGGAUCGAGCGACUCUGAAGCACUGUGCAACCAGGCCUGAGCUGGAACAUGCCACACUUCUGAAAAGCAUCAACAAUACUGUGGUACACAACCCAAUCUAUAAAUAUAGAAAUAUAUUUUUAGAAUCUACAAGAUGUUUUAAGACAAAACUGUGAACCGAUUUUGGAAAUGACAAAUAAUGGAACUGUCUACAACACCGCCAGUGCCAUAAAUCCAGUGAUUAUGAGAUUAUUUCAUUUCCUUGGUGUUAAUGUGUUCGGGUUCGGUUUAUUUCCGUGUGUAUCUGUUCAAACUUGUACUAUAUUUAAAUAUCUAUUGGGUGAAGUUGGGGUGAUCUUUACUGAAGCUGCUAUCUUUACAAACGACACUUUUAUUGUACAUUAAGAGCAUAACAGCCUGACCUGAUGCUCUUUUAAAGCAUAUAUACAUACUGUAUAUAAAAAGAGUAGGAUUAUGUUGUAGUUUCAGUUUCUCUUUGAAGGAUUUGAGAUUUUCUCAUAGUGUUUGAUACACAAAUACACUGCCUUAGCUUAUCAGACUCCGUUUAUUUUAAUAGAUGGAUAGGUAUGUGUACUUUGUUGCAAUUUGUUAAUUUUUCAAGACAUACAUUUGAAUUAAUAAGAACAGUCCAGAAACAGGUGAAUCUCAUAUGUCACCAGUUCUUUUUUCCACUGUUAU